AUUUGUAGAAUGAACGGGCCACUAAAGGGGCCACCUCAGUUGUCGUCCAACCGUCGUAACCAACGCCCGUUUAUCGAGCUGUUCACCAGGUGAGAAAUUUCUAGAAGAUAAAAAUACAACAUGUCGAUUCUAACGGGCAGCGCAAACGCUGUAAAGUACACGCUAUUUGGAUUUAAUCUGAUCUUUUUGAUCACCGGCAUUAUUUUAAUAGCAGUUGGUGCUGGCGUUGGUUCCGUAUAUACUGGCUAUGACAUAUUUUUAACUGGCAAAUUCUUUUCAAUCCCAACAUUCCUGAUUGUCAUCGGAGCGUUUAUUAUUGUGAUAACGUUCUUUGGCUGUUGGGGAGCGUUGAAGGAGAACUAUUGCCUGAUCCUGAGCUUUUCGGUUUUGUUAUUCAUCAUCUUUAUACUGGAACUGGCGGCGGGUAUCAGUGGAUAUGUUCUGCGUAACGAUGCCUAUAAUAUGAUUAAUUCAACUUUGUUCGAAUCGAUGAAGCAAUACGAUAGCACCAAACAGGAUGCAACUACUACAUUGUGGGAUAAAGUGCAGCGUGAUUUCAUCUGUUGUGGCGUUGGCAACUACACAGAUUGGAAUAAGGUUUUAUAUCCGAAUGGUGAUUUGCCUUUGUCCUGUUGUACAAUUCCUGUUGGCACUGUGGGCACCUUCUCUUGUAAUAAUGACAUCAACAACAUGAACCGCAAGAACGUAGGGUGUCUGGAUGGAUUCUCCAAAUAUAUUGCUGAUCAUGCAGUGAGUCUAGGAGCUGCCGGUAUUGUCAUCGCUAUCUUACAAUUCUUUGGCGUUAUAUUUGCCUGUUACAUUGCGCGUGAGAUUAAAAUUCGCAAUGGCAUCACGGGCUUCAUGUAACUGAAGUUCCGCCUUGAUACAGACGUAUCGAAAAUGCUUGUGAAAUUCAUUCCAUGUAAUUUGGGUUUAUUAUUAAGAAAUAUUUGUUGUACCUUUAUGCUGAUAAAUUAUUAAAAUAUUUGUAUAAUUUUAGUAAUUUUAUGAAUAAAUACAAUCUAGCUGAUA